UGCCAAAUUUAUGGGGCCGCCAGGCCCACUUUCGUAGGCUUGGAAUCUAAGUCCGUUUUGGAAAUGGAAGUUUUACUGACAUGCCACAUGCGUGAUUUAAGAUCCUCGCCAAGUCGCCAUCUUCAUCGUUGGUAGCGACUGAAUUGAGAGGGAGUAGUGGUGCAGAUUACACUGAUAGGAAAUGGCAGCGAUUACUUUCGACUACAUGCCAAGACUCAAACAUAACAGUAAUGGCGUCCAUUUGGUUCCUCGAAAUAAGAUUCUACGGCCUUGUCUUCUACGCUCGAAUUCAAACUUAAACUUGUUUGGACACAAACUUGCUGCCGGUUAUGAACCGCUCUCAUUUUCGGCUUCAACCGAGAAAACUCGGAGGAGUGGAUACGUGCCGCUUCGUGUUGCCGGUUCGAACCAGAGUUCCGCGUCCUGCUCCUUCGAUGUUGUGAUAGUCGGUGCCGGAAUCAUCGGUUUGUCCAUCGCGCGUCAAUUCCUUCUCGGAUCGGAUCUCUCCGUUGCCGUGAUUGAUGCCGCUGUGCCUUGCUCCGGCGCUACUGGGGCAGGGCAAGGCUACGUGUGGAAAAUACACAAAGCACCGGAGAGUGAUAAAUGGGAACUGGCAAUGAGAAGCUAUCAACUUUGGGAGAUCCUUGCCAAGAACAUUGAACUUGAAGGCAUGGAUCCUUCAGAGAUAUUUGGAUGGAAGAAGACAGGAAGCUUGUUAAUUGGUAGAACUUCUGAGGAAUCCUCUAUCUUGAGAAGUAAGGUCAAGCAGCUAUCUGAUGCUGGUAUCAGAGCAGAAUUCUUGACAAGAAAUGACUUGCUCUCUGAAGAACCUGCACUUCUGAUUGAAAAGGAAGGCGGAGCAGCAUAUGCACCAGAUGACUGCCAAUUGGAUGCUCGACGUGCGGUUGCAUUUAUUGAGAAGGGUAAUAGGCUUUUUGCUGCAGAAGGUAGAUAUGCAGAGUUCUAUCAUGAGCCUGCUACUUCCUUAUUAAGGUCUGCUAACACCGGGGAAGUUGAAGCAGUUCAGACUUCCAAGACCAUUUUGCAUAGUAAGAAGGCUGUUAUACUUGCAGCUGGUUGUUGGAGUGGUUCUUUGAUGCAUGAUAUGAUUAAGCAUCACAAUAUUGAAGUGGAUCUCCCUAUCAAGCCUCGAAAGGGUCACCUGCUUGUGAUAGAGAACUUUAAGCCCUUUAAGCUGAAUCAUGGACUUAUGGAGGCUGGGUAUGUCAGCCAUCAAUCUGCUACUCUGAAAUCUGCACCUAAUUCAGGAUCCAUUUAUGAUGCACAAAGUACAUCCGUCUCAAUGACAGCCACUAUGGACACGUCUGGUGGUCUUGUUCUUGGUAGCAGCCGACAACUUGUUGGCUUUAGCACUGAGGUGGAUGAAUCUAUCAUCAACCGGAUAUGGGAGCGAGCUGGAGAGUUUUUUCCUUUGCUGAGAAAAGAAUCUCUAAUAGAUCUGCGUCAAAACAGAGAAGUGAGAGUGGGACUGAGACCCUACUUGCCUGAUGGGAAGCCGGCGAUUGGACCUGUACCUGGAUUCUCAAAUCUGUUUGUGGCAGCUGGCCAUGAAGGAGAAGGACUUACACUGGCUCCCGGAACUGCUGAAAUGAUUGUUGAUAUGGUGCUGGGGAAUCCUUGGAAAGUUGAUCCAGCUCCAUUUGCUGUGCAUGGUCGUUUUCGUUCAUGAAAUGUGGUCCAGAGUACACAUUUUCACUGCAGAGUUUUCAAAGGAUCACAAUGGCUUCCUUCCCUGUCCUUCCGGGCUAUCAGCUACCAUCAUUAUGAUCUUUUCAAGUUAGUACUAUUGACUCUAUUACAAGUAAAAUAUCUAUUCUAUACUUUCUCUAUUUGUUGCAGUUUAAAAAGUUAAUACCCACUACCGGAGUUUGACCCUGUGAUCUUCCUAGAGCCUGCCACCAUCACCCUCUUUGGUUUUAUUAAAUUAAUAAUUUUUCCAAAUUCAAAUUUUAUUUUAUUUUAUUGAUUUCAACGCCAGAUUUAUACACACCCAUAUACCAACGGCAGGAGUAAAAUACAUAAAAUAGUUGGGCUAAGCCGCUUAAGGGAAAGCUUAAUUCUAGGCUUCCUGUUGGCCGCCGCCGGCGUCGGGGCCACUAGCACGGCUAACAUAUACGCUGAUGGCCACAAAAACGUAGAUGAUUAUUCCGGUCAACGACAACGGGAUCAAGAACGCAACACUCACAAGCGUCGACGCAGCCAUGCAAGAAAGCACUCCCAGCCUCAACUCGACCACAUACACCACAGACACCAGCAUGAACAAGCACCCCAGCAUCGACGACAUCGCUGAGAAGAGGACUCCCGUCGUCAACCAUAACGACUCUUCGGAGCCAUCCUUUCCGGCCACCUGGUCUGGCGGCUGUAGAUCGAGCGACAGCUUGAUCGACUGGGCGACGAGGGAGGAGAAGAGGUAGAAGCUGAAGGAGAUUAUCUCGAAGACGAUGAGCAUCUUGGCGGUGUUGGCUCCCGGCUGGCACUCCUCCCGGACGUUAAGGCUCUGCAACUCCCCCGGCGAGACCAGCUCAUUGUCCAGCCCCAAAAACAUGGCGAUGGUGAACAGUGAGUUCACAUCCACCACACUGUCCAGUGCCGUCACGUGCACGUUCUUCUUGGUAUGAUAAUGCCCUUUUCUGCAUUCAUGCAACCAUUUAAGGAGAAAACCGAUCAAUUAAACAUUAUUAUUUGCAAAAAUCUUCAAUGAAUUAACCAUGCCUAAAUUAUUAGGGUUUAGCAACAAUAUUUGAUGCACCGUUAGUAUAACGUUGUGGUUGUGGUUCACCAAAAGUGCAUUUGAUAUUUUCCCA